AUUCUAACUCUAACGUCUCCAGAAGGUGGGCCUGACCUACUUUAAGUGUGUUUAUAAGAAUUUGUUUGGUCCGAUUUUCCCUCUUCGGACAGGUUACCGGUGUGAGUUUUAUUCAAUAAAAGAUAUUAAAAUAAGGUCCUGUGGGAUUUAUUAGUUGAACGGAAAAGAGCUUAAAACUUCUUGUUGACUCUGUGUCAUUAAUUCAAGUUCCUAGAAUAAUUCAGCUUGCCAGAAUUUCCAAGAUGUUGAAAUCCAGGGCGGUGUCCCUUUUUCUGAGUACUGCAGUGCUUGCAGUAGUGAUAGCAGCAGAUAGCAGUAUGUCUAGGAACAAAAGGCAGGCACCUAAUCACAAUGUCCAUGAAAUACCUAAAACGAGCUUCACCUGCGAUGAUAAAAAUGUUGGUGAAUAUUAUGCUGAUACUGAAGCUCAUUGUCAAGUAUACCAUGUUUGCAUACCAGGAAUGAAUAACAGACUGUCACUUAUCAGCUUUGUAUGUCCUAAUGGUACUAUUUUCAGUCAAGCAACUAAAGUUUGCACUCCUUAUGAAAGAGUCGAUUGUCGUUUGACUUCUCAAUUUACUACACAUGGAAAUGGCAAUAAUAGACGUACAAACUAUGAAGCUGACGAUGAUUACGAAAACUAUGUUCCUCCACCACCUCCCAGACCUCAACCUCAACCAGCUCGACAAAACACCGGAACACGUAGUCGAAACACUCCUGCACCUCCACCACCCCCUCCUCCCGCACCAGUAACCCAACCUCCAAGAAAUAAUCGAUUUAGAAGUGGUAGCAAUCAAUUUAGAGGUCAACAAGCUCCUACAUCUACUACAGCAGCUCCAGCUCCAGCAAGAGUACCAGUUCGUGCCAACCCACCUCCUCAACCACCUUUACCUGUAAGAGGAGCAAUAGCAGUACCAGCAAGACCUGCACCACCUGCCUUUAGAUCACCAGUUUUGGCAGCUAGGCCACCACAAACAGCUGCAGCAGCAGCCAACGCUUUGCCAGCUAGACCAACUCCUCGAACUGUUGUUUCUACCAGCACCAGCAGUUAUAACUAUGAGUACGAAUACGAAUACGAUUAUGAAGAUGAACAACCAGCCAGUGACCAGGCCAAACCCAGAAGCAAAAGAGAAACUCAAGACUUAACAGAAGAAAAUGCUUCAGGCUUCACGUGCGACGAUAAAGUACCUGGAGCAGCAUAUGCCGAUUUAGAAAGCAAAUGUCAAAUGUUCCACAUUUGUAUUUUGUUAGGAAAAGAUAAAGUAUUGGACUAUAAAGUCCAUUGCGCUAGUGGAACUAUUUUUGAUCAACAAACAGGCGCAUGUCGAGAAAAGGAAGAAGUUGUUUGCGAAAAUUCUCAGCUGUUUUACCAGUUCGAAAAGCCAAAUCAACCUACAUCAAGCAAGAAACCCGUCAUGAGCAAGAAAAAAUAUUUUUCAUCAAAAAAGCCGACACGUUUAAGUAAAGAAUGAUGAUAAAGUUUAUUUUCAGCUCAACUAUUUAUCAAAAAGCAUAUUCUUACAUAUUUUAAAUAAAACAUGAUAAGCAUGCUAAAUACCUGGGCCAAAUGUCAGAUUUUAAGUAGGUCAUUCACUGGUAAUCUUAGAAGAAAAAAUAAUCCGCGAGGGAAGAAAUUGCACUAAUUUGUAAUGAAAGAAAACCGUGAAAUUGCGUAAGCAAAGAUUAAGCUCCACGGUUUUUUUUCCAUAAAAAAUAACUAUACUUAAAAUUCCAUUUUUUUUGAAGAACAUAUUUUACACUUUGAAUCUUUAAAUAAUUUCGAAAUUUUAUUUUCAAUGAAUUAAUCUCAAUAGUGAAUAUAAAAAAUUGGUAUAAAGCACUCGAAUAAUAUUAAUUAUAAAUAAUUAAUGCUUAACUAACUGUAAUUCUAGCUUUCAUCAAAGAACAUUUAUUUUGACACAAUACAUUCUCACUAUGUUGUAAUUUUAUUUUUCUUGAUUAUCCUCGUUUAUUUUCAAUGGCUAACUCGAUAAAUUAUUUUGCGUAAAAAAUUGAUCACGAAAUAAAAACAAAAAUACAUGAAAAUUAAUAAUUUAUCAUUAAAUUUUUCACUGUUUUUUCGACUUUAUGAAAUAUUGAUUGAUUAAAACAAGUAUUUACGCAUUUUAAAUAGAAUAAUUUGUAAUGAGCUGAAAUUUUAAAUUAUAUAGUAAUUUUAGUUAGUCACAUUUAGCUAAAAGAAGUGCUCUGAAUUGUUUUAUGGUCACAAGAUUGUUGGACGCAGAAAUAUUUGUGAUGUAUACUUCACUUUUACUUCAAUGUGAAUUUAAUGUUUUAACUGAUUUAUGUGAAUUAGUGAAUUAUCAUCUGUUAUUCAUUUAACAUGUUACUUGCAAUUUAUUGUUGCUAUAUGAUAUAUAGUUGGUGCCAAGAUUUUUUAUUCAAUAAAUGUAUCAUAAUGUUUUGUGC